AUGAUUGCUUGCAGCUGCUGCAGGUCUCUCUUCUUCAGGAGGAUCAGUGGCUUUGGGAAGGAUAAUGCUAUGAUGGAUAGGAACAAGAAGCUUAAAUCAGUUGGUAUUGGUCGACCCCAAUGGAGACCAGUCUCUAUCUCUGCUCAAUCUUCUUCUAAUAUUCAAGAAUCCCUGGUUAAAGAUGUGGCUAAUGAGUCAGAAUAUGGAGAUCACGUUCAAGAAGCUAUAAAGGUUGCUCGAGUGGUGACUGAUAAUUCUGACUCAACCAUCAGUUCUGGUGAGCCUAUGGUUUCUGCUGAAAAGCAUUCACUUUCGCUCGAGGUGAAAAGCUCUAUUACCUGUUUGAAGGCUAUACGCUCAGACCCUGUGGGUGCUUCUCUAAUUCGAUUCAUCAAAGGCAAAGAAGGAUCUACUCAAAAAAUGAUUGAAGAGGAGAUGGGAGUUAAAAUUGUUUUUCCGUCUUCAAAGAAGGAAGAAUCUAUUGUCAUUCAAGGCAUUUCAACUGAUUGUGUAACUAGAGCUUCAGAAAAAAUACAGGCCAUUAUAGAUGAGGCAAUUAAAACAAAUCUAGACUAUUCUCACUUUGUAUCUCUUCCGUUGGCAACAUACCCUGAAUUGGUUGAUAAGCUAGUCAAAUUUCAGAACUCCAUACUGGGAAAGAAUGAUGUUUCCACAGAUGAAAACUUGGAAAGUGAUUCUAAUGAAGAUAUUUCAGACAUCGAAAUCAAGGGCCCAGAACUAAGUAAAGGAUGUGAUAUAGCUGUUGAACUUAAAGUUGAAGAUGACAAAAAUGUUAAAGUGGAUUUAACUAGCAUACCUGUUGUUAGUUACCCUCCUAAACCACCAAGGUUGCCUAAUGCUUCUGACUUUGGAAUAGACAAAUCCAUAUUCAUUAAACCCACAACGUUUCACUUGACUGUACUCAUGUUGAAGUUGUGGAACAAGGAGCGACUUGAUGCAGCUUCAGAUGUUUUAAAGAGUAUCUCAUCAAAAGUGACUGAUGCCUUGGAUAAUCGACCUGUCUCCAUCAGGCUUAAAGGGCUGGAUACCAUGAGAGGGUCUUUGUCCAGAGCUCGUGUUCUCUAUGCUCCUGUUGAGGAAAUUGGGAGUGAGGGCCGACUUUUACGUGCAUCUUUCUUAGAAGUUAUCAACGAUGCAUUUGUUGAGGCUGGACUUGUUCUAGAGAAAGAUGCUAAGCAAAGCUUAAAGGUUUGGUUUCGGAAAUACCAACAUCUAUUUAUGUUGUCUCCUUUAAUUGCAGUUGCAUGCUACAGUGAUGAACGCAAGGCACAGGAAAGGGUACAAAUGCUAUUUCUUUUUGCUCGUUUUGCAUUUUCUUUUAGGAAGAGAAGAAGGAAGAAUUAUUCCUUUGACGCUAGGGGCAUUUUCAAGCAGUUUGGAUCAGAGGAUUGGGGGAGCUAUCAUAUCCGUGAAGCUCAUCUUUCACAACGUAUCGGAAAGGAGGAGGUAAGGGUUACUUCCUUAUGGAAUAUGGAUGAAAGAUCAUGGAGGAAAAAGGUUAAUGCUAUGAAAUAUCUUGGGUUGGCAUGGAUGGACUAUCCGCCCAUUGACAACCGCAAGUCACCUCUCCAUGGGACAAAAGAAUCACAGUGUGGAUAUCCAAAACCACUUUUGCCAAGAAGACAUGACCUGACCCCAUCGCCCACCUCUCUCUCUAACAUGGAGGUUGGGUCACAUAGUUCUGCUUUAGCUGUUCUUUCAAAGAUGGCUGGAAUUGCUUUCGGUCGCUUUGAUGAUUCUUUCAGUUUAGGCUCUUUUAAGGCCUAUCUUGCUGAAUUUAUCUCAACUUUGCUCUUUGUUUUUGCGGGUGUUGGUUCAGCCAUAGCUUACAAUAAGCUGACAGGCGAUGCAGCUCUUGAUCCAGCUGGGCUAGUAGCCAUUGCUGUUUGCCAUGGAUUUGCUCUCUUUGUUGCCGUUGCUGUAGGUGCCAACAUCUCCGGUGGCCAUGUUAACCCUGCUGUCACUUUUGGCUUGGCGCUUGGUGGCCAAAUCACCAUCCUCACUGGCAUCUUCUACUGGAUUGCCCAGCUCCUUGGCUCCAUUGUUGCAUGCUACCUUCUCAAAGUUGUCACUGGAGGCCUGGCAAUCCCUAUCCACAGUGUUGCAGCUGGUGUAGGAGCCAUUGAAGGAGUGGUUAUGGAGAUCAUCAUCACAUUUGCCUUGGUUUACACAGUCUAUGCAACUGCUGCUGACCCCAAGAAGGGAUCUCUUGGCAUUAUUGCCCCCAUUGCCAUUGGUUUCAUUGUUGGUGCCAACAUCUUGGCUGCAGGCCCAUUCUCUGGUGGAUCCAUGAACCCAGCCCGCUCCUUUGGCCCAGCUGUGGCUAGUGGUGACUUCCGUGACAACUGGAUCUACUGGGUUGGGCCUCUUAUCGGUGGUGGGCUAGCUGGACUUAUCUAUGGAAACGUGUACAUCACCGAUCAUGCUCCUUUGUCCAAUGACUUCUAA